AUCUGAUCAUGUCUCACUCAGGUGCUCAAGGCAGCAUUGGCAGCCACUCAGCCAUUGGGCUGCGCAAUCAGAAGAUUUAUCUCUAUGAACACGAGAACUUCCAGGGCCGUAGGUUGGACCUGUUCGGAGAGAACCGUAACCUGGCUGAGAAGGGUUUCGAGAAAAUUGGCUCCGUCAGGGUCGAGUCUGGACCCUGGGUGGGUUAUGAGCAGCAGAACAUGACUGGUGAGAUGUUCAUUCUGGAGAAGGGAGAGUACCCCCGCUGGGACACCUGGUCCAACAGCUACAGGUGUGACCGUAUGAUGUCAGUCAGGCCCGUCAAGAUGGACCCCCAAGACCACAAGAUCUGCCUGUUUGAGUGUCCAAACUUCGAGGGUCGUAAAAUGGAAGUGUGCGAUGAGGAUAUUCCUAGCCUGUGGUCUUAUGGCUUCCAGGAUCGUGUUGCUAGUCUUCAGGUCACCGGUGGAACCUGGGUGGGCUACCAGUACCCUGGCUACCGUGGUUUCCAGUAUGUGUUUGAGAUGGGCCCUUACAAACACUGGAACGACUGGGGCGCCCACCACCCCCAGAUCCAGUCCAUCCGCAGGGUGAGAGACAUGCAGACACACCGCAGAGGCUGCUUCGAGAUGACCGCAUAAAGAGGAGUCCAGCAGACUGUGGGCUAACAGGAGGGAAUAGCAAGGGGUCGGGCUUGCCGCAGUGCCAACCAUCCCUUGGAAAUUCUUCAACGGCCACUUAGCCACACAAGCUAAUGGCUUUUGAAUAUUGUUAUUGCUUUUGCUAGCAGGAUUUGGAAGUAUGUGUCAUCAUGAAUGAUCCUGUAUGGGGUGAGAAGUUCUGAUUGUCACAGACCUCCAGAGUAACUGUAUUAUUGGUAAAAAUGGUAGCAAUGCUCUCUGUCUACAGACCUCAUACAAAGAUAAUAUGAUUUAUAAUAUUUAUUAAAGGAGGGUUAUAAUUGGAUUGGUAGAUUAAAGUUAAUAGUUUGUGUUUAUUAGUUUGUUUCACUGCCAUUAUAACCCUUUUAUUUUAUUUUAUCUUAUUU